CGAUAUCUACCACCACACUUUUUAAAAAGAAGUUAUUUGCACAUUCGCUACAACACAUUUAUUUCCUUCCUCUCCAAUGCCAAAGGUUCAACUGGGGAAUUCGAGAUUCAGUCAAUAAUACAUAGGACCUAGGUGACGGUGGAACUUGGCAAGAUGUCACGGUUAACUCCGGUAUCCACAAAUUUAUAUCGAUCUCAAUCGGCUACUAGUGUCGCUGCGUCUGAUACCACAUACCAUUCUUUCCAUGAUAUCGAGCUAUAUGAGCCUCGAUCAACGUCUGUUACCGUUGAGAAACAGAUGCCUUCCCGUAAGGAGGACAAGUUUGAAUUCAAACCCAUACUUCGCCAUGAUUCAGGCUACGAGUCGAUACAUCCUAGGUCUAAGUCCAUUGCGUCCCGAUCUUCCCAACGACGCAAUUCUGGUAUCUAUACGAGUUCCUCCCAAGCACGAACACGAACCAGGCCUUCAGCCCGCCGUGCCGCAAAAUCAACUCCGAACCCGCAAGUAAGACGACUAAGUACGCAACCUCCGCACUCGAGCCAAUCGAAUCAACAGCCCACCACAUAUUACUACUUUCCGCCACCGGAAUCGCUUUCGGGAAGUAUAGAUGAGGGCAUUGAUACUGAUGAUGCCGGUCCGUCAUAUCCCCCACCACCACAGACUACCCAUUAUUGGACAAGCGAUCACACUCGGCGCCUCGAAUAUGCCGCUAUCGACGCCGCAAGCCGUGGUGUAAAGGGAUGGUUCAUGAAGCAUGUGGUCCCGGACUGUUUCGUACCCAAGGCAAACCGACGGGUUGGGUUCGAUGAUGACUCUGGAAGCGUCAGACGGUAUCGAUUGGAGCUUGAUUGCGACGAGGCAGAAGAAAAGGGAAGCAAUGGUGGCAAGAAGAUGGGAUGGCUUUUUGGCCGAUAAUUGACGACGAAUGAACUCACGCGACGACAGAAAACGAAUUGGAGGAUCACGUUAUUGCAUCCGCAUGGUCGAGGCGUUGUUAUACCCAUUUUGAUUUUUCUCUUUUUAAUCUUUUUUUUCUUCUCUAAGUUUUAUUAUAUCCACGCAUAUUUUGGUAAUUGGCGACGCAUUACACGCAUAUGAUUCACAACGGCAUGAAAAAAAUGGGAGCAUCUUGAGGCAUGGCUGAGUCGAUUUGAAAUCGAGAUUGAUUGAUUUACAGACUGGAAUGAAACUAGACUGGCAAUACCACUAGAGUGGAGGGUUUGCGUAGCUUGGUUGUUGCAUUAUUGGGUGCCAGUUCAUCAACAUUGGCUGGGAGCAUAUACGUACAUACAUCAUUUGUAAUGAUUUAGCAGAUAGCUGCUUGUUAAUAAUAUUAAAUAAAUACUUAUAA